UUCUCUAAUUUGGCAAAGUGGUUUCCAUUAUAGGCAAUACAGCUCGCAACUUUAUCUUUUUAUUUCCCUUGCUUGUCUGUGAUUGCUUGCAAACCCAGACGCAUAUUGGAAGAGAGAAAAGUAAUAAGCUAGCUCAUACAUGGCUCGUGGAAAGAUCCAGAUCAAGAGGAUUGAGAACACGACAAAUCGACAGGUCACUUAUUCAAAACGAAGAAAUGGUCUUUUCAAGAAGGCUAAUGAACUCACUGUUCUUUGUGAUGCUAAGGUUUCUAUUAUUAUGUUUUCAAGCACCGGUAAACUUCAUGAGUACAUUAGCCCUUCCAUCUCAAGUAAGCAGUUUUUCGAUCUGUAUCAGAUGACGGUUGGAACUGAUCUAUGGACCUCUCAUUAUGAGAAUAUGCAAGAGCACUUGAAGAAACUGAAAGAUGUGAAUAGGAAUCUUCGCAAGGAGAUUAGGCAGAGGAUGGGAGAUUGUCUGAACGAUCUGAGUAUGGAAGAGUUGAGGCUACUUGAGGAAGAAAUGGACAAGGCCGUCAAGGUUAUUCGUGAGAAAAAGUAUAAGGGGAUAACAUCUCAGAUUGACACUCACAGGAAGAAGUUUAAUAACGAGAGAGAGGUGCACAACAGACUCCUGCAUGACUUGGAUGCAAGAGGGGAAGAUCCACGAUAUGAAUUGAUGGACAAAGGAGGGGAGUAUGAGUCAGUGAUCGGUUUCUCAAAUUUAGGACCACGCAUGUUUGCAUUGACCUUACAACCUACUCAUCCUAAUGCCCAUAGUGGAGGAGCUGGAGCAUCUGCCUCUGAUCUCACUACUUACCCUUUACUUUUCUAGUUCUACUAUGCUAGACACAGAGAGAGUGAAGAGUACACAUAAUUCAAAUACCACAAUCACUUUCCAAUAAAAAUAUGACUAAUUAUAUAUCAACUACUAUUAUUCACUCUUGCUGUUCUUAAUUGUAUGUAAUGUUGGUAAACAUCAUAUAUUCGAUGAAAACAUAUGUAAUGUAUUAAUUACAUUAAAUCGCAACUGAUUAUUAACUGUAUGUUGUGAUGUGAUGUAUGCUGUUAUUCAGUGAUCAGAAUGUUUAGCAA